CCUUCAAAGGAUGCAGCCUCUGAAAUGAGACUCAGCUGGCAUCGAGCAGAUCGGUCUCUCAAAUUGAAAUUUUGAUCCAGAACCAAUUGCUGCACUUCCCUGCAGAUAUCUGUUUAUGGAGUUAAAUAAAUCAUCAUCAGAUUACAGCUGAAGGGAGCCGGGAUGCCAUUAACGAGGAUUGUUGUUCCGCCUGCUUUUGCUCUAUAACAGAUUGGUUUUUCCAACCGCGUUCACCAAAGCCUGUUAACACGUGAUUGGUCAAUACCACUAUAGUAAAAAAAAAAAAAAAAAUUAUAAACAGAGAGCAGAACGCUCCCCAUAUCCAGCCCUCUGAAUACAGAUUCAGCUAUUUUUAUGACGGCUUUGUAAACAGAGAUUAUGAAGUGACCGGUGGCGGUGAGGCACAGUUCCACCUUUCUACCGUUCACAUUCUCGUUCAAACAUCUUCUUGAUUUUUAGAUUGAUGUGUGGAAAGUUUGUUUAAAGGCUUUAUAUGUGAUUUUUUUGAUCCAGCAGAUGUCGCCCUUGAGCACCAGCAUGAAACCAAAACAACUCGCGCUGCAUUGUUGUGUUAGCAUGCUAAUGCUAGCGAUCUUUAUUAUGCUCGUAUCUUCACACUGCAUGUAAAUUUACCUGAAAUGAGCGUGAUCUAGAAACACAAUUAAGCAGUGAGUACAGUAUGUUAUUCUUCUUUUCUCUAGUCCCUCAAUUAAACAACUUUUAUACGUGAGGGGAGGAGUCAGCUGGCUGUCUUGGCGAUGUAAACAAGCUGAAGAUAGGACUCUGAAAACUCUGAAAACAUCACAGACAGUGGGACUUGGGUGUUACACCCAUUGUAGACAGUCAUGACUCACAGAGUUAUUUUCAGAGGAUAUACUUGAUUUAUAUCACAUUUAAGUGUGAAAAAUCACAUAUUAAGACUUUAAUGGGAUCGGACAUUGGAUAGAGUCAGGAUGAGAGAGUAGGGAACAACAUGGCGGAAAAGGAGCCACGGGUCGGAACCCCAACCUGGGGCCGCCCGCUCGGAGGUCCCACGCCUCUCCACACAUGGGAUGCGACCUAACCUCUCUGCCAUCUGCCCCCCCAAACAUGGUCCCUUCUGACUCCAUAAAACCCAACAUAUGUGAGGGCAAACAGGCUUUAAAACUUCAAUCGACAAACCAAAUCAUGUUGCCUACAUCCAUUUAUCACAAGCUGUUUCACCUUCUUCUCUUCUUUUUAUUUCUAAAAGUUGAAAGUUCUUUGAAAAUGUGCAGGUGUAUUUGUGAUAAUAGUGAACACAUUUGUCAACAUCCAUCCCUUGCAGACUUUAUUUUUAAACCAUUACAGUACAUUGAUUUUUUUUUUGGAAUCUGCCUUCAAAAAAAUCCAGUAUUGGACCUGUGACAUUCAUACAUAGUUUUUUCAACAGUUGUCAUGGUUACGGGCAAAAAAAAAGUACAUAUUGUCCCUCCCUAUCCAGUGCAUGGUAACGUGAGAAAAAAAAAAAAGACACGGAGGAGUGAAGGAGUGUGGUAAACAACAGUGAUUCCAGAGGACAACGUGUGCAUACUUCACAGCGUCACAUGUGAGUCAGAGACGGUGAUGGCGUCCUCGUCCUCGUCCUCGUCCUCACUCCGUCUGCGUGAGGAAGGAGCUGAUACAUCAAAACCACACAGGCAGGAUUUCUCUGCUCUUCUGCAUGACUGAUCACAGUGAUGACGGGAGUGCUUGGUUUACCUCAGCGGCUGACUAAUGAGGCGUGGAGGGCUGUCCCCUGCUACACACACACACACACACACACACACACAAACACAUGUCUACUGGCUUAACCCACAAACCCCGCCCCCCCUCGCCUCUGGUUCGUUAGUCUCUAUUUACCUCUGUGUUAAUCCUCUCCCCUCUCACAUCACCCCUUUUCCCUUUCCUCUCUCUCUCUCUCGCACGCUCGCUCGCCCUCUCUCUCUCGCUCUCUCUCUCUCUCUCCUCCCCUCUCUCCCCUCAAAGCCAGCAGGCUGCUAUUUGAUCCAGACUGCUUGUUACAUGAUCUCCUGGAAUACAACAACGCUCCCCUCGCUGCACGAUGGAUUUUCUGGUUGUUCACGCGUCGAGGUGCGGGGAAAACAGAAGGAUGCCGGCGCCACGCUGAACCUCCAUCGCCUGACCUUUCCUCCCCCUUCUCUCCCUCAGAUCUGAAUCCGUCUGUUUCGUCAGUCUCCCCCCCUUCUCUCCCCCCUCGCCCCCCCUCUGUCUCCUGUCGCCCCCUCGACAAUGUUACCAUGCAUUAACUGGCUGCAGCCUCUCCUCGCCUUGAUCUCCUCCACCUUGCUCACACGAGCCAACAACUGCCCGUCCAGCUGUUUGUGUCCAGACCACCACACCGUGGACUGCACCGGCCAGGGUCUGACCAGCGUCCCGGACUCCAUCCCGUUGGACGUCCGCCGCCUCUUGCUCUCCAACAACUGGAUUCCCUGGAUCCCCUCUGACUUCCUGGUCCUCUACAGCGACCUGGUCUACCUGGACUUGAGGAAUAACUCCCUUUCCCAGUUGGAGCCGGGGACCCUGACCACCUCCUCAAGGCUGGUCUUCCUGGACCUCGGGAGCAACAACCUGACAGAAAUCCCCUCCGGGACGUUCGGGGAGUCGAGGAGUCUGAUCAAACUGCGACUGGGGAACAACCCCUUCCUGACCAUGGUGGACAGGGACGCUUUCACGGGGCUGUCCUCUCUGAGGGAGCUGGAGCUGGACAGGAACGGUCUCACAGAGCUGGACGUCAGCGUCCUGGAGUCCCUGCCCUCCCUCCGGAUGCUGCGUCUUGAGGGGAACCCCUGGCUCUGCAACUGCCAGUUUGCCAAACUGUUUGCAUGGCUUACAGAGAACCGUCACAAGCUCCCAAAUGGUAUGGAGGGGAUAGAGUGCUCCCUGCCUAUGGAUGGACGUCUGGUUCCUCUCAGUUUACUCUCUGACGAAAGUUUCCGGGAGUGCCGCGGCGCCCUCACCCUCACCGACUACCUCAUCGUCAUCUUCUCCGGCAUCUCUGUCUCAGUAGUAGCCAUCAUGGCCAGCUUCUUCCUCGCUUCCACAGUCCACUGCUUCCAGCGCCUCAGUAAAGGCAGCAAAGGAGACGAGGAAGAUGGGAAUGACUGAUCGGGGAAUGGAAAGGGGCAAAUUGGAUUACACUAAAGCACAGGUGUUGCAUACAAAAACUUCAGCUCAGAGGUCCUUUUGGUAUUCCAGACGGAGCUCGAGUAAACAUGACUGCAACGACAGAUCUCACCAAGUCACGUCCAAGAUCCUACCUGAGCUAUCAUGAGAAUCACAGACUGGUUUGGGAGACUUCUAACAGGCUUGAAUCACUGUGAACAAAUUUUGGUUUCACUGAAUGUAGCCAUUUUUUACCACUGUGUACACUGCUAACACUAAAAGACACUGCAGGUCUCUGAUAUAGGUUUUUGUAGCGUCACAUAUGCAGUUACCGUCAUUAAAUCUGACAUUGGUUUUAAGAUUCUAUAGAUGAAGAUAAUGGGACAAACUUGUUGAGACUUGGAAUAUUGUAAAUCAGUGAUUGGCAUGAAAUAGUCUCCAAUAGGUAUGGUCUUUGUUGGAAGAAGAACCCCAACCAUUUGUUGUUGGCCUUGUCCUCUAGAGGUAUUCUUUACAGGCCUUGAAAUACACAAUAGGAGCUGUGAAGUUAACCAGGAUUCUACUACAGAGCUUUUUAGCUUUCUGAGAUGGUCAUUUUGUCAGGUUAGAUAAUCAUUAAGUCAUAAAUCAUUGCCAUGACAUGAUGCAAAAUGUUGGGCCUAUGCAGUUGGGCACAAGUGAAUGCUUUUUGCUCCAAUCGGCCAACAGAACAGAUUGUAGAAGUGGCCGAACUUAGAAAGGAAAAGGGGGGGGGGGGAAACCUAGUGUGAGGUUUUUUAUUGCUUUCUUGGUUGGUCGUCUUCCAUUAUAACAAAACACACAGGAUAAAACCAUGUAGUCUGAUGUUACCAAUGACCAACAUCGACUCUUGGUAUAGUUCAACAAAAGAUAGACCCGCCUCUUAAAGGGAUUUCAUGCAAAGUAUCACAACUGUAGGCUUCAGAAACCUGGUUUGUGUUGGGUCAUCAUCUGGUUUUCAGAGGUUAAGGUCGGCCCGAGACGUUCACUGAGAGGGUCCACUGGUACAGCUGGUGGCUAAGUGCCUUGCUCCUCAGCAUCUUGGUUUAUGAAAAGCAGUUCAAGUGUUUAAAAAGAUUUGAAAAUGGGCCUAAUUUUAGUAUUAUUCUGGUACUGAAAUGAAUGCUCAAUGUUGCACCCCAAAUCAUAUUCCAAACUGGUAACUUUGCAAACUGCUUGACUGAGCUACGACUACUUAUUGGGGAGUCCAUUGCAUUGCUUGUCAGUGUAGUUUGUAGAUAUCCUCUGAUUUUACUUCUAAAAGCAACGAUUCCUUCUGCACCUGCAGACUUCUGGUUUGUUCAGAAACUCAUCGUUAUCCAGUGAAGUACAGCUGUAAGUAGCAGAUAAUUUGGACUCUCCUUCCAAGCUGAGCCAACAUGAGCUAGUUAGCAUUAGCGCCAACUCGUAAAGACAGUCUGGAG